CUGUCCCUUCUUGGACAUUCUAUUGUCUCCUAGAGAGUUCUGGCAUCCUCUGUGAUGUCACCAGUGUUGUAGUGACAACCAGUGCCCUAGUUUCUCUCAGUCUGAGUCUGGCAGUUACAAGCUAAGACAUGUAUGUUUUCCUGUCUUCGCAAGCGUUUUGGGAGGGGGAACGUCGAUUCUGGAGAGACUAGAGUGAAGGAGUCUGACCUUUCAUCUCAAAGUAAUGAUGGACAAAGACAGCACUUCUGGGGAAUGUGGAACGCUGGGAGAGAAACAUCAUCCCCUGGCACUGAACUAAGCGAGAAUCAGGCCAAGAAGGAAAAGGAGAGGCUGAUUAAAGAGCUGCAGCUCAUUACCGAGGAGAGAAAUGACCUGAGAGAUCGCCUGAGGUUUCUGACAGAGAGAUCCAUGAAGAACAGGUCACACUUCAGGCCAAAUCCAUAUUAUGAAGACCUGGAGAGAAUGGAGGAGGCGGUCAUGUCAAUUCUGCACAACUUAGAGAUGGAGAACACUGAGGUCCAUGAGAACAACCAUAAGCUGAAGAAGGAGAUUACCUUCUCUCGAAACCUGCUCAGCCAGCUCCUGAUGGAGAACACAUGUAGGAAGAAGUUGGUCCCACUGAAGCAGGAGAGCAAGGAGGUACAUCUUGAUUGUGCACUGAACCAGAAAUAUUUGGUUGACUUUAACAAGAAAGAUAAAGACCAUCAACGGCCAGAACCAGCAUUAUCAGGUCUCAGAAAGUGCAAGAGAGCUGGAAUUGGACACACAGCAGUAAGAGAGCUUCCUGAAGAAUAAGUUGCUUUCUCAGGAGUCCCUGAUGACCAACAUCCUGAAUGGUAACAACAUUU